AUGUGUGGGAAACUCUGCUUCUUCAUUGCCGUGAUGUGCCUGGCGAAAGGCGCGGUGUUUGACAGAUCCGAGUUGUCCUGUCAAAAGAACAUUUAUCCCUACACCGGCACCAAGACCGCGUAUUAUUACGCUCAUUACGAAACCGGAGACACCAUGACUCUAGAGGACUGCCAACCUGUGCAGAUAUGGAUGCUGAACACAGGCGGGAUGCGAUAUCCGAGCGAGUCUAAUAUUGCGCGGAUCCAGAAUCUCACGCACAUUCGAGAUCUUAUACUAGCGGGCAACGGGACCUGCGCGAAGUUCCACGAAAGGACUGAUCUGAAGAAUUGGAAACCUUGCCCCGAGAUGGCCGUCGGUAAGGGAAAGCACUUGGCGUUACAGGGUGAAAAGGAUUUGGAGUCGCUCGCCACAAGAAUCAAAGAGAAAUUGCCGGGGCUCUUCAAAACGAACGCGACCAAUUAUUACAAGUUUAGAUCAACGGCCUCGCAACAUACCAUCGCUAGUAUGGAGUCCUUCAUGAAAGGAGUCUUGGACUAUAGCCCCGAAAUAUUGCCGACUAACGGCGCUUCGCCGCAGUUCGAAUCGAUGAACGUACAAAAAACAAUCACAAAAUCCUCACAAAGGGAUUUCAGUAACACGUCGAUCAAGCUUGAAGUGGUGCCGAUCGUUAAUGACAUUUUGUUGAAGCCAUACGACAUUUGCGUGUCUUGGAAGAAUGAGAGGAAGAAGUACAAGGAGAUGCACGCGUUUCUUAACGGCCCGGAAAUGAUGACAGUCCUCGCGAAUAUCGGUCAGCGUUUGGGCCUCCCCAUCAGCCGAGAGGAUGCGAGACUAUUUUACAACGCGUGUCGUUUCGAGAAAGCCUUGCACCCGGACAAACCGUCGCCCUGGUGCGACGUGUUCACCCACGGCGAGAUGCGGAUCUUCGAGUACGUCGAAGAUCUGCUUUUUUACUACGACGUCGGUCCGGGGCAGAAGCUCAGCGGCGAGCUCGGGUGUCAUCUCGUUCAGGACAUGCUCGAUCACUUCGCGAAACUGGAGGAGCUGGAGGAACCGGACGACGAGCCGAUGGGCGUGUUCUACUUCGCGCACUCGUACAUGAUGUCGCUGUUCUUGACCACGAUGGGAAUCGCCAAGGAUCCCAGGCCGAUCACGCCCGCGAACUUCCUAGACAUGAGCGAGAGAAACUGGAGGGUUUCCCAGUUGGUGCCGUCCGCCGCGAAUUUCGCGGCGAUCUUCCACAGAUGCGAGUCGAGCGAUGACGCCUUCAAUUAUGAUUACGCCUUCAAUGAUGAUUACGCCAAUGAUGUUUCCUUCAAAGUCACCUUCUACCUGAACGAGAAUCCCGAGAUCCUCGAAGGCUGCAGUGUGAACGGAGUCUGCGAUUGGGCGCAGCUGAAGAAGCAGUUGGCCGCUAUCGCGGCCAAUUGCAGCGCGGAAGCUUGUAAAAAAGUCGCGAAUUAACGUUGAAAGUCUAUUAUUUUUCUAUUUUUCUUAAUGCGAGAUAUUAGUCGCUUUUCAAAGUGAUAAAGAUAAAAAUUAGGACGCGGUUGAAAAGUUAUGAUAUGCCACGCAAAAAUGAUGACUUAUUAUGAAUUUGUAAUUGUGAUACAAUUACAAAUUCUCGAAUUUCAUUCGAGUUAAACGAAGCAAUAAAAAGCUCCUCCCUCUCGCCCCGUUCUAAAUUUGAGAAAGAAGGUUAAAACAACACAUACGUUUUCUUAAUUCGUACUGCGGUAAAGAAACACUUGUUUGAUCAAUAAAGAGAGGAGAAAGGUCUGUUCUAGUUAACCUAGAGCCUUUUCAGCUAUAAACUCCUUCCGCGCUUCGCCU